AUGUCUCCUAACUUUUGGUUUGAUGUGAGCUCUGACGAGGAGGUAGAUAUUAAGGAUACACGAGCAGGACAGUCUGAGUCGCCUUGGGAAUUUUCUUCCUACUCGGAGUCUGUUUUAGAGGAACAUGCACGAAAGAAAACCACUUCUAUCGAUACCAAGAUCACCAAAGCACUCCAGGAACGCCCAGUCUCCCUUCCUAAUCCAGACAGCGACAGUGAAUGCGAAGAGGAAGAAUACAAAGAAGAAGCCACCGAUGAGGUUCUUCCAACAGCCGCCAAAGCAAGAAGGAAGGUGAGACAAUCAGCUACGUAUACGCUCGGCCAUUCUUUAGGGCGUCACUGAGGAAAAAAGAUGCCUCAUAUCAGAGUCAAGUGACCUGGAUUGUGUUUUUUCAUGUUAGGGAAAAAAGGACGAACGGUUUUCUCUUCAGAACAAGUGGGCGCUUUAGACUAUUUUCAUGCACGGUAUAAAGGUCUAAUUUACGUUGACUAUUUUCAGGAAAAACACAAAAGUGGGAAAGCAGAUAAUGAAGCUCCAUACAGUUCCCCUUCUGGUUUCUUUGCGUCAUCUGAAGGAGCUUCAUUCAGCGCUAAUUCUUUUCUGGAGCUUAAUCUCUCUCGCCCUUUGCUCAGAGCAUGCGAAUCCUUGGGAUAUCAGAAACCAACACCAAUCCAGGUAUUGAAUUUAUUCUCCAUGAUCAAUUGUCCGUUAUGAUUCAGAAACUUGAUUCAGUGGAAUUGCUGAUGGUCAAUUUUCUGAUGUAGGCUUUUUUUCCCUUUCAUGCUCCUCUAGAAUGUUUCAGAUGAUGAUCUAAUUUCAUGGAACGCUCUAUUGAUAUCCAUUGAAGGAAACUGGCAGUAAAAUCUAUACAAUUCAAUUGAUCUUGACCAAUUUUCACUAGUUGAAUGGCAUCAUGACCGUGACCUUUCAGCAUCAAGAAUAGCUUUGAAAGCUAUGUAAUUAUAUGUGUAAAAAUAAGUAACUAGUGCAACUGUGCUUCUACCUAUUUCCCUCUUUUUUCUAGAUUCUUUUCGUUGUUGUGCUAACUUUGAGGUGUUCUUUCCUGUUGUAUGUGUCCAAACUAUAAUCUAGGGAGCAGUUUGGUCAGUGCGAUACAUACUGCCUUGUUGAGUCUUAGCGUGGCCAGGUUCCCUGUACCAUCUGAUACAUUGUUGACUUCCAUGAGUGACCAGCCUGGAAACUUUAUCUAAUUUGUGUGUUGGACCUGGCAACCUAACGUUUAUUUGAUUAGAUCUAAUGAUGUUAUUGCUGAAAUUGCGUUCCCUAGUGGCUAAAUCCUGUAUCAACUUUAUAGUGGAUAUUAGUUUAACUCAUCUUAAGUGCGAAUAGCUUCUAGUUUGAUAGUCUAUUACUCAAAAGUGGGGAUAGAUGUUAGGAAUAAAAAUGAUGCUUUGAUCCUUACAUGAUAUUUAGUGGUUCCGGCCAUUGUGAAAUGAAGAUAAGUGCAGGGCCGAAUCAGACUUCAUGCUCAGCUAUUUGCGCAGUUUCCCAUCAAUUUCUUUGAGUUUUAUUCCUUGAAAAACGCUCUUGAGGUGGGAGACAGCAUGUUAAACUAAAUCACUGCAUGGGAUGAUAUUCACCGUGCCUAGAAUCCACUGUUUACAGAUAGGACUUCUGGGGUAUUUAAUCCCAUUUGCUCCCCUAGCUUACUUGUCUCAUUUUCAGUGUCAGCCCACCACGAUGCUUUUGCCAGUGAUGUGCUUUCUGAUCUCUAUGCAUUUUACUUGUCGACUGGCAACUCUCUCAGGAACAUGUGCUUAACGUAGUCUCGGCCGCCUGAUUUAUUAUUGUGUCAUUACUGUGCUACAAACCUUGAGUUUUUAGUGUGCUUAAAUUUAAUUUAAUUUAUUCAACUUUAAAUACUUUGAAAAUUAAUGAUUUUUGAAAGGAAACAUUUAUCUUCUUUGGAUUUUAUCUCCUUCGUAGGCAGCUUGCAUACCAUUGGCAUUAACUGGUCGUGAUGUGUGUGGUAGUGCUGUAACGGGAUCUGGAAAGGUAUGGGUGUAAAUAUAUUAUUAUGUAGUGUAAAAAUAUUGUUAUGCACAUUGAUUAAUUGCUGUUCACUAUCUUGUUGAAACUUGGGCUGCCUUAUUAGUCACGAUUUUUUUCAUUUUUCUUAUUUAGACGGCUGCUUUCUCGUUACCUGUCCUGGAGCGUCUUCUUUUUCGCCCUAAACGUGUGCUUGCGAUUCGGGUGCUUAUUCUUACUCCAACUCGGGAGUUAGCAGUACAGUACGUACCUUACUUUUAUGCAAAUACAUCUUGUAUUAAUGUACUUCUAGGUGGUUACUGUCAUGUAGUAAUAAGUGGAUGUUCCAGACAUCCAUAUUCUGUAUAUUGUAAAUAAUUUCUUUUUAUGUUUUGAUCACCUUUUAAAGUUGUUGCAAUGUUUUGGUGUCUUGCUGUUACCCUGCCCCACUAGUUACUUGGAUAGUUGGAAUCCGGUUAGUUGGUUAGAAUGUCAAACCCCGAUCUGAUCUUGAUUGGCCAAUCCAAGCCUUCUUAAACCCUGCCACUCCAGUCAUUCAGGCCAGCUUGGUGUGGUUGGAUUUGUCGUUUUUAUGUCAGGACUGGCUGAUUCAAGGACGAAUUGCCUAGUUUGAGUUUCAUUAAAAGAAAUAUAUCUAUCCAGAAGGGAUCCGAAUCCCUCUCCCUAGAAAAUAAAAUAAAAUCAGGUUGGCGGUUGAUUCCUAUCUGAAUCUGGCACUGCUGGUUCUAAGCACAUCUUCCGUCUCUUGUUAUUUUUCUAGGGACAACUGUAUUGCUUGCGGAACUUUAUUUCCUGCUAAUUUUUUUGUAUAGUUACGUGUUUGUCUUUAGUUUCUACUUAAGAUCUUAAGAAAACGAUGCACAAAGCUGGUAAUAUGAGGUAUAUUCAUACUAAAAAGUGGUAUCUUUCCUCUUCACAGGGUUCAUAGCAUGAUUGAGAAACUUGCGCGGUUUACUGAUAUUCGAUGUUGCCUUAUUGUGGGAGGGCUCUCUAGUAAGGUACGCUAGUGUUCAAAAUUUAUUUUAUUUAAUCUUUUCCAUUUGUUUUUUUAAUGUCAUUUGAUGGUUUCUUUCAUAGUGCAUUUUUUUUGUUUUGUAUGUAGAAAUUUGGAUAGGCUGUUCCAACACAGUGCUCUCAAUGUUGUUAUUGUAUGCCAUAUUUAUUUCUCUACAUUUUUUGUGGUCAUACGUUGUCAUUUUAUAACAGUGUAUUGAAGCUUGAAUAUCCUUCCUGAGUUGUAUCAACCACAUCUGUUGUAUGCUCUCCUUUCAAGAUGAAAUAUUAAACAUUCAAGAGUAUAGCUUUGCAAAUAACCUUUACAAUUUGUAUCCACUCCAUCUGUUAUCCCAUUUCUGUGGUCAUGAAUGAAUGCUUAUAAUUUUUAACAAGUUUUCUUUUCACGCUCUAUUUAAGUUUCGUUCUGCACUUGGAGGGGAUUUUUAUGCAUCCUUAUGGCUUUUCCAUUGGAAAAUUAUGUAAAUAAUGUAUACAUUAUCUCAAGUAACAUGAUCUAUUUUUUCCCUCAGAUACAAGAAACAGCUUUGAGAUCUAUGCCUGAUAUUGUUGUGGCUACUCCUGGUCGGAUAAUAGAUCAUUUACGUAAUACUCAGUCAGUUGGUUUGGAAGAUCUUGCUGUGCUGAUCCUUGAUGAGGCAGAUCGGCUCCUGGAACUUGGAUUUAGUCAGGAAAUCCAAGAACUAGUACUACUUCUUUCCCUAACUACUGUUGCUUUUUUCUAAAUGAUUCUGUUUGUAUUGAUUUGUCUCUAAGAUUUGUACAUCUGUCAGAAAAACACAAAUGCGGCUCAGUGAACUUGGUUGAUCUUAUUACUGAAUUUGACAUGCUGGAAAUUUUAAAAUCCCUCGAAUUAAUCUUGUAUUCAUCAUAAUCCCUGUAAAUAACCAAAUACAGUUAAUGAACUGUUUAUGUCAUAUUGAUAGUAUCUGAGAAGAGAUGACAACAGUUGUUUUGUACUUGCAAGCUCAUGCUUUGGAGAUAGCAUUUGAAUCUGCUUUGCAAGUAUCCACCUUAGUAAAGAAUGCCAUGUACUGAAGUGCUUAGGCUGAUGCCAAUCGUGACAGACAGAAAGUUCUCACUUCCUUUUAUUUUUAUUUUUCAAUAGCAUAUAAAUGUGGUUACAUCUUGGGUUAGUGGCUAUAGAGAAAGCAUCCUAAUGUAGAGGAUUAUGCAGCUCAAUGGUUUUGCUAAAUUAGACGAGGCAAAGUCUAAGGAUGUACAGUGAUACAGUUGGUUAUAGGUGUAUAACGCACGGUGCAGUCUGAAAAUAGUCAACAUGUUUUAAAUUUUAUUUUCUACCUAGACCAUAUUGUCCUCGAUAAGCUAUCAUAUUUGAAGGUAUUCUGUUCAUUUGAUUAUGCUCAGGAGGUAUGUCAGAUCGGCACGUCCUAGGAUAGGAUAACUUUUGUUUUUCAGCUGUACAACGCUGAUUACUCAUUGAACUUCUGUCCUCAUCCCUCUUCCCCAUAAGGGUUUCUCUGAUCCAUGUAUUUUAGACUUCUUAGAACAACGAGUUACCGUUUGGUUCGAUGCAUGAUGAUUCACAGCCUGAGAUUAUUUCUUCGUAGCUUUGGUCUCUCAGAACGCAUUGAGAAUUGGCAGGUACUGUGGUUUAUAUUUUUCUAAGGGAUUGUGUUAUUUAGGAGGAUUGUGGUUGCAAACUCAGAACAUAGUUAUGCAAGUUGAUUCUUGCGCAAACGUUGCUGUAUCAAUCUAAGAAGUUUUCUGAUUUCCUAGUCUUUGUACGGUAUCAAGUUGGUUGCCUUUCUCCAUCUAAAAGCUAUUAGCUAGAAAGAGAGCAUGCGUGCUUUUACCUCUGUUGUAUGAUAAAGUCUUGUUAUUUUUGAAAGUGGGUGAUAUCUUCUGUUAAAAUAGUUUCUUCUCCUGGUCGCUUUCUGUGACCUCUGUUAACUGUUGAAUGUUUACUUUUUUUUUUUUCCAUUAACAUGAUGCUGUGAUGCAGAUUAAGCUCUGUCCCAAGCGUAGGCAAACCAUGCUUUUUUCUGCUACAAUGACCGAGGAAGUUGGGGAACUUGCCAAGCUUUCUCUUACGAAACCUGUACGAUUGGAGGCGGAUCCAUCGACUAAGCGACCUGCCACAUUGACUGAGGAGUAAGCUUAGUUACCUUAGAUAUUGUGUUUCUAAUGGAGCUUUUGUUAUUUACACAAACUUUUGAACCUGUUAAAUUGCUUCCAUCGUAACAUCAUUUCUCCACUGGAAAAUUGAAGUUCCAUUGCCUUUUCUUCAUUAAUGCUUUGAAUAAGGAUGAGUCUCAGUGAAAAAUUCUCUGUUCAAUUUGAAGAAUUCUUCUGUAUUUUAUUGUUAGAGAUCAUGCGCAGUCUGUUGGCUUGAAUCCGACUUAGUGAUGGCCAUGCGUACCAUGAUCUCACCCAAUAACUAUUUAUCUCAGGUACUCUUGUUUCAUUUAGGCAUCACAAUUAGACUCGGACGGGGAUCAGCUAAACAGAAAAACGUGUCCAGAAGGGUGUUAUUUGGGAGAAUAGGUUCUUUGCCCUCCGCACACUGAAAGCUACUAACCGACCUAUGUCUCUCCCACCUGUUACUGGUGAAAAAUGUGGUUCAUCUGCCCCCUAUGGACGAGAAUUUGUGACCUACUUAAAUACUUGUUGUGUGUCAACUUUAGAGUCAGGAUAAAAGUGUCUGCCUUUUCUUAAUGAAGGCCAGAAGUAAUUACAGGAAAGUAGUCCCAAGGUAGAAGUAUGCUCUAUCGUGGUUUCAACUUGAUUUCAGCUACCGUCUGGUUCAAAAGCCCGAACUUCAAUGAAGCAGGGAGAUUUUAGGUUACACUUGAAAAAGGACUUUGAAUUUUUCAAAGUUGUACAAAGUAACAACUGGAAUACUUACUAGGAAGUGAUCUUUAAUGUAUAACUAGAGUUUAAUCAUAGUGAAAAUGGAUGUUUUACGGGGGGGAUGGGGUCCGUGCAAGCUACUCAUUUAUUAACUGGCCGAGGUGCAUUCGUUUCUAAUGGUACAGAUCACCCCGACUCAGCUAUGUUGACAUGAACAGAUUUAUAUCUUCACAUUGGAUGCAAUUUAUCCACUAAAAAUUCUGAUAUUUUGAAAAUUUCAUAUUUAUAUCUGGGUUUUGUCUCACAUAUGGUUUCAUUUGUUUUCUCUUCUUGUUUUUCUCGUAUCAGAAUUGUCACGAAUAUAAUUGAUUUGGUGUUCUUUUGUAACUGUUGUUCGUCAGCAUUCUGUUUCCUUCGUAUUUCUUACUACAUGGUUAAUCUUCUUAGAUUUUAUUUUUCUUUUUAGGCAUAUCCCAAAAUCUAAUCAUCCAUUUAUGUUUUCAUUUUUUUACAAUCGAGCAACUGAUCUGAUAUUUCUUUCCCAUACAGGGUUGUUAGGGUUCGUAGAUCACGAGAAGUAAAUCAGGAGGCUGUUCUCCUAGCCCUUUGCUCCAGGACCUUCACGCACAAAGUUAUUAUUUUCAGGUUUAAUAUUAUAACUUCUUAAAUUAAUACGAAUACAUUCUCGUUCUGAUUUCUUCAUGAACGUACAUUUCUCUUUUAAACGUCGAGUCAAGGUAUUGACUUUUCAGUCAGUGAAGGCUUUUGCAGAAUGGUAAAUAGACCAGUAAAACAUAAAUGCCAUUGACUUUGCUUUCAUUUUACUGAUUGCUGUUAAUUAUUGUCAUGUACGUUACUGUUUAUUUUAUGUUUCUGUUACAUAGGUUCCAUUUUACUGUUCUCUUUAUGUUGUUGUUAUGAAUUUAGUUGUGGACUUACAUUCUUUUACUUUGUUGAGCUCUCACUAAUCCACUUGACAUAUUUAAGUUUGUUUUCCCUUAAUAAUAGAUGAUAUUGAUUGCGCUUAUAUCUGGCUAUAAAUCUGGUAACCGUAGAUUUUCUUAUGUUUAGCGUUUUUUAUGUGAUAUUUUUGUUCUCAACGUACCCACUUUUUCUUUCAGUGGAACAAAAGAGGCCGCACAUAGGUUAAAGAUUAUUUUUGGUCUUGCUGGAUUGAAAGCUGCUGAACUUCAUGGUAAUCUUACCCAAGUCCAACGUCUUGAUGUAAGUAUCAUUUCCAUAUACUCUAAUGGUUCCACCUGUUAUUCCUUUUUUCUUCGAUGAAUAUUGAUGUUGCUUCUCAAUGGAUUUUAUCUUUCUUUCUGUAAAUUUUUACCAGUAGUUUUAAGGCAGCACAAGGUCUCUACGCUCUGGAAUCUAUGAGAAAAGUGGGAAAUUGAAACUCGUUAUCAAUUUGUGCAUUUAACAUUGUGAGAUAUUCUCUCCCGGCCAUUUGAUACCUGGAACUUCAUUUGUUGGAACACAAUCCUCACUUGAGAUGUGAGAGGGUCAUGGACACUGUUAUUCAAAUUUCUUUGGAAAUUUGGGCUACUUACUAAAUGCACAAGGUUUAUCAGUUUUAUUAUGAUUUGUGUCCUAUAGAAUUGUUGGAUAUUAAUCAGUGAUUGCUCUUGGGAACUUUAUAAUGUUUGAUUUGAUUUUGGUCUCAAAGAUAUCCAAUACUGCACUAAUAGUCAUAACAUAUGAUCAUGACUAUAGUGGUUGAGAAGGCUAUAAUAGUCAUAACCUUCGUGUCGUAACCUAUGUUAAUUUGUGGAUGGUCCCUUCAUACUCACUAGUGCUAGUAGUCUACUCUUUAUUGGCUGGUCUGAUGCAUCACCUUGUUUGCUAGGGGUGCCAAUGGGUAGCAGUUGUAGGGACUGGUUCUAAUGCCCUGGUACCAGUCGGGUCGUUCUUGCAAGUAUUGGUCCUACAUCUUAUAUGAUUAGAUUUAUUAAGUUAUCUUGUUCAACUUCUUGUCUUUUUUCUUGGUUCACAAUUUCCUUCAUAGAUGGAAACUGCUGGUGCUGGUUUAGACCUGUGGACCAGGUUGGUCAGCUUCUACGUGUGUUUGCCAGUGGUGAGUGUCAUUUGACGACUCGGAAAGAUUGAUAUCAGAAUGUGGCUGGAUGUGUCUUCUUGUCCUUUUUCUGGCUUGAUCCUUUAACCAACACUGUUCAUCUAAUACUGUUGGCGAACAUUUUAAGUGAGUGCUGGAUGGGGAGAGACGGAAGAUGAAGGUGAUUCUAUACAACGAGCAUAAGUAUUACGGAGCAAAUAAUUGUAGCCUUAGUAGGGCACAACUCUGUUUCAGUGGUUUGAUGGAUGAGGGAUCCAUUAUGCUCAAGCUUUAAUAAUGAGGCCGCUGGGUGGAAUUUCCACGCAGUUGGAGCCUUUCUCCUUUGUCGAUCAUUCAGAUGAACAUGGAUUCGCAGUAGAUGUGUGUAAUUAGGCGCCAGUUUGUGGUAGAUAGAAGAUUAAAUCACUUGAGUUGCUCCUUUUACGGAGGAGAAGGAUUUUUUUCACUAAUCUGAUUGCCUAAAUUCGCUGCGCAAUUCCGGUUCAGUAGCUUCGCAAAUGAGGUAUCCAUUCUUUUAUAGGAAAGGGCCUUUAUUGGGUUUUUAAUAUUUAGGUUCCUGGCUACGAUGCAGCUGCAGUACAUUGUGCAACUCCCAGUGGACUUAAGAUUUAGGUUACUCAUUUUUCGAUAUCUGCAGCUGAUUUGGAAAUUUUUCUUAUCCUGGAAUAGAAUGCAAGGUAUUUUGUCUGUUCUUCUGUGAAAAGACCUGGAAACUGUGGGGCCUUGUUGUAUUUUCCCUAAGCAAUGCUAUGAUGUGCUGGUAUAGAGGCGUUGGCAGAAGGCUACAAAUUUAGAUUGCAGUGUCAAAUUUAUAUUGUACGGUACAGUGUUGGUGGGGGAUAGUUCAUAUGUCUAAAAGUCUAAUUUUCGUGGCACUCUUUACUUUGGAAAUUGACAAAGAGCCUCGAAACAAGAUUGAGCCGAUAACUCUCAGGGCCAAUUACUAAAAGGUUCAUCCCUAGAUUGAUGGGAUGAUGAAUGAAUGACAAUUGUGUUUUUGAACAUCUUUAUAGACAUCUUGGUUCUAUUCUCAUCAAUCCAGUUAAUUUUAGUAUCUUUGCUGACUCACCGUGUGUUUAUUUAACAGAUCCUGGAAUUUUAGGUAAUUAUCUCAUUUUAAUUAACUUUCAUUUGGCAAUUUAGAUUUUGCGUAUAAUGGUCAGAUGUUACCUUAACCUGGUGAACUUCCAUCUUUUCCGCACGUGAAAAGACUGAUGAGUGCAUAUUGGUUCCGAACGAUGCAUCUUGAAGUUAGUUAUGGCAGAUGUUGUUUUAGCUUAUCUUGUAGGAAUGGCUUUAUGCGUACAAUUCUGCUGUUUAUAGGAAAGAAAGAAAAUUUAUUGUCAGUUCAUUUCCGUUUUAAGGUAAUCUUUCUUUUUGUUUUCCUUUUGAUGUUGUUUCUUGGUUCUGUCUCUAGGCUUUGGAACUUUUCAGAAAGCAAGAAGUGGAUUUUCUCAUUGCAACUGACGUUGCUGCUCGUGUGAGUUUCAUAUUUCCAGGGAAUUUGUGUCAUCAAUUACCUCUAAACUCAAGUGUUGUUUCCAUAGUCAUCUGACCGUUUCUUUUUCUACAUCGGUUCUAUUUACAUAGGGACUUGAUAUAAUUGGGGUUCAGACGGUGAUCAACUUUGUGUGCCCACGCGAUAUCACCAGGUAAAUUUGAUUCCUUCUUAAUUUUGUUGACGUUUUUCUAUGAUUACUACUGUUGAAAUUGAUGUUAUUCUGGGUUGAAUUGAGUUGAUGUUUUCAAGCUAGGUUUUACACGUCUGUAACUUUAUUUAAUGUCUUCUGUCCUCAAGUACUUCGAGCUAUAGUUGUCUUUUUAUUUGUUAAAAUCCGCUAACUAUGACUAAGAUUACUAUGACUUAUCUUCUUCGUCUAUUGACUUUCGAAUGAUUUUCAUUUCUAAAAUCUGUUCAUCCAUUACAAGUAGAUCAUGCUCUAAUUAUAGAUAUGGUGAUUGGUUCUUAAACACUAAUGCUUAUUGUAUCUAACAGCUGAAAAUGGCUGUUUUGAUCUUUUCCUUUCAUUUUGUUUUUUCUCAUUAAAUUUACACUUUACCUAAUUAGAUGUACAUUAUCUCCUGUCUGAUUAGCACAUCUUUUUGUGGUGUCGUAAUCUACUGAAUUGUCUCUUUAGAAUUUGAACUAUAUGUACCUGCCUGUAAGUUUAAAAGCUCCAGUUAGUGCAUUUUUAAUGCGUACAUUAUUAGAAAGCUCAUGCUCAUGACUUGGUCUUGAAUUAUUACUUAUCCCCUCUGCUAAUUUGCAGUUAUGUUCAUCGUGUUGGUCUUGAAUUAUUACUUAUCCCCUCUGCUAAUUUGCAGUUAUGUUCAUCGUGUUGGUCGAACUGCAAGAGCUGGAAGAGAGGGCCAUGCUGUUACAUUUGUUACUGACAAUGAUCGUUCUCUUCUGAAGGCCAUUGUGAGAACAUCUAUUAUUUAAAUUGGUUCCAUCAUUUUUUUAUGCGAGAGAAAUGCCAUCAAUGAAGUAGGUUGAUAUUAAGUUACAAGCUUGCUUGUCAUGGUUGUUGACUUUGGCGUUAUACUCGAGAAAUGUAGUUUAAAAAUAAAGAUGAAAUUAUCCUUUUUUUAUUAUGAUUUGCGUAUCAAAUAUUUGACAUAACGGGGGUCUACGUACCAGGCAAAGAGAGCAGGCUCACAGCUGAAGAGUCGAAUUGUAGCAGAGAAUUCUAUAGCAGAAUGGUGUCGAGCAAUUGAAGAAAUGGAAGACCGAGUCUCCGCAGUCCUUCAAGAAGAAAGGUUCAUUUGAGUUCUACAUGAAGAUGCUUUUCGCUUUUAUGCACCUCAACAUAAUCAUUUCCUAAUGUUGCAGGGAGGAGAGGGCCCUAAGAAAAGCUGAAAUGGAAGCAACUAAGGUUUCUUCUUUAGCUUUAAAACUGUUUAAUGAUUUUCACUCAUUUUAAGUGUGUAUUAGAUAAAUUAUAGACGGGGUAUUUAAAUUUAAGCGUUGCUACCCUUGACAUUUCUGGUGUAUAUUGCCGCCCUCUUUGUAAUUUUCUUGUGUUGAUUAACAGGCGGAAAAUAUGAUCAAUCACAAAGAUGAGAUUUACUCCCGUCCAAAAAAAACCUGGUUUAUGACAGAAACAGAGAAGAGACGUAUAGCCGAUGCUGCAAAAGUAAGCUGUUGAAUCCGUAAUGAAUUUUUUGUAGGUUUUUUAAAGUUAUUUUGAAUUUUAUUCUUAUCUUUUAUUGGCUUACUUCCUACUGUCUCUUCUUUUGCUAUAUCCUAACUGUUUAAGAUUUUUCUAGCCAUGAAUAUAUAAUUGAAAAAAAUGUGAAGAAUGGGAAAUAUAAAUAAAGGAAAUUUGAAAAUACUUCUUUCUCACGAAUUCCGUUGGCUGAUGGCUCUUGGAAUCCAAGGAUUGGUUAAAGGGCGAUGAAAUGCAGUAUGCAUGAUGCCCAGGUUUUGACAUUGUAUUCUAGAGAAGGGGAGCACACCAUACGUAAAACAUGCCCUGCCUACUGCUGCCUAUUUGUCCUGUGCUUCUUUGAGGAACAUGCAUGAAUGGAAAAUUUUCCACUGAUAUGAACAAUAUUAACUAUGACGAGAUGCCCAUUGGAAUGGCUUUGAAAGUCAAGAAUUGAAUGCUAUAACGAUUAUAACAUCAUUAUUUCAACAAUAUUUUUAUUGUUUUUACAAUAAAACCGGUAUUCUUUGUCCUCUCUUCUAAACAAUAUUUCUGACUCUGACUUUUUUUUUCCUCCAGCAAGCUUCCAUUCAGAAAAACCAAAAUGGAAUGAAGCAGGUGAUCAGUGCUGAACACGCAGAUGAAAUAAAAAAGAAGGAAAAGAGGCAGAGGGAGCGUGAGGUUUGCCUUCUAUUCUUUUUCACAUAUUUGUUUUUUUUUUUGGGUCGGCGGAGGGCAGGGGGGGUAGGUGAGGUAUCAGGUAUCAGGAAAAGUAAACAACUUUGUGUGUAGAAAAGAAAGUUGACAUUUCUCUUAAAUAUUUUUGUGCUGUUUAGAAAAACUUGCCACGAAAAAAGCGCCGAAAGUUGGAGGCUGCUAGGGAGACAUUGGACGACGAUGAUGACGAUGAUGGUGGGGCUGACCAUAAGAAACAGGUUUGUGCUUAUGUUGAAAAGUGAUGAUUGUGCUCGUCUUCCCAAUGAAACUGUAGCAUGCGAAAUUGCAAUGAGAGAAUUAAUUCAGAUGGUGCUCCAAGUAUAUUGUGCGCUGUAUUUUGUUCUAAUACAGCGGAAUUUGACAAAAUUGCAGGUUUCAGGAAAUGACAAGAAAGAGAACUCGGGUAAAUUACUAAUGGAUGUAGCUAAACGGAGAGCGAAGUCAAUCAAAGCCAGAAUGAAGGCGCGAGAUUCCGGGAAACCUCUGAAGAAAAUUAGGGAGACGCAAAAUUUUACGUCCAAGAGAAAUCAAACUAGAAAAGACGAAAUGCUUGAGCUAUUCCAAAACGACAUGAGUGAAAGCAAGCAAAGACAGGCCUCGACUAAAAGCAAGUCAGCAUUGUUUAAGAAAAAAUCUAAGAGUUCGUUCAAAAGCAAAUCAAGGUAUGCUUUUCUUUGCUUAAGAUUGUUUCCUGCAAAAUAUUAAGUCAUCUGUUUUCCAUCUUGUUUGGAUGAACCAAAAUAGUUUGUGUAGAGUUGGAUCUAACUGUUGGGUAGGUAAGCGUCCUGCAGCAAGAGCAGUACUAUACCCACAAUGAUUGGCCAUACAAUCGCUGUUUAUAUCAAAGAAUUAAAUAUUAUACUAGCGUCAAUGAAUUUAGUAUCAUGAAAACUUUUUGUAAUGCUCAAUUUCAGAUUUUACGAGUAGACUUGUACAAGACUUUUCCUAUGUUACCUUGCUUAGGAUUAUGAAGUAGACCAUAAAAAAAUUAUAUCUCGCGACUUAAUACAUUCCUAAACAUGUAGGUUUUCCAUGCAGAGAAUCAAACCAUUGCUUUGUGACACUGAUCCAUGCAAGGCUGCUCAGACCGAACAAAUCUUUUAUUCGGUGGUUGACUUUUGUGUGGUUAUGAUGAUGCCUUUCAAAUUUAAAGUUCAGGAUUUGCUUGUGUUAUCUAUCUUGUGUGAUUGGUUUCCUUCUCCCCUUUUAAAUGGGACAGUUGGUCUGGGGCUAGGAUUGUACGUGACUAGUCAGAGAUCCAUUAGAGUAUUCACAGAAGCCUGAAGGAUAUAAUUCUUGUGUCGAGCAGGGAUUUUUGUUCAUAGACCCUUCUCCUACGUGUAUUAUUGAUGGAUACCAAUUACCACCCUAGCUUUGAAUCAAUGUCUUCAUUUUUCUUUAACCCUGGAAAUUAGAAAAACUGCUAUUUUUACCUCCUACCGUUGACCAUUGACUUAACUGCGCCAUUGGACUUUAUGAUCUUGAGAACCGGGUAUCAUGGAUCCGAGAACUAUGAUUUGACAAUGGUUUAUGGCUUUUGAAGUUAAGAUGAUUCUUUCGCACUUUCCGGCAGGUAAAUCCAGUGGGGCGUCCAAAACUGAUAGGCCCACCCACCAGUUAGGACUGAGAUACAGUCACUUGCUUAGUACUGCCAACUUUAAUGGAAUCACUCCCAGAUGACUUUGGUCGUGUGUUUUUUUAUUUAUCUGUUGGCAUAUGCCUGGAGUGUUCUUGUGGGAAACUAGUUGACUUUUUUAUAAACCACCCAAAUGGAAUGAUCUUCCGGGCAGCUCUUUGACAUAAUGGAACACAACGCAAUCGAGUCUGUAAUUAAUAUUACCUGUGGAUGGGAUUUACUAGGUUAUUUACUGGUUCAGUCUAAUUGUUCUUCUUAUUCUCUCUGAAUCAAGUAAAUAAAUACUUGGCUGUGGACUUGAGAAUUCCCUUUAAUAAUAUUAUCCCACUUGGGAGCAUAUGUGGUGAAUCUCUGACUCUACUCGAACCCAUAUGCAGGUACAAGCGCAGGUAA